AUGGAGAGCAACAAGCCGCGCCGCAUCGGCUACUACAUGUCCCAGAGCAAGCUCGCUCGUCUCCCAUGGGCCGAGAUUACUGCCAUCGCCCUGGCCAAGGGCUGCGAGUUGGUGGCCGUCGACCUGGAGCGGGACAUCGCGGAGCAGGGACCCUUCGACAUGCUCCUCUACAAGGUGACCGACGAGCUGGUGCGUGGUGACGACGAGAAGCAGCAACGCAAGAUCGCCAACCUGGAGGCCUAUCUGGCGUCGCAGCAGGGCAAGCUGAUCGACGCGGAGCCGAUCAGCAAGCAGCGGGCCAUCAUCGACCGACAGGGCAUUUCGAGCCUCCUCGUCGACGUCGAGCGCCAGCUGCCUCAGGCACUGCAAGCUCAGAUUCGAUCGCCGCGGUACGCCAUUCUGGCGCAGAAGGCGGAUGACUACUCUGCUGCGUUGGCUGCCGAAGAGGUCCAUUUCCCUGCCAUCGUGAAGACCAUCCAGGCGUGCGGCAGUGCGGCCUCGCAUGAGAUGGGCAUCGUGUUUCAGGAGAAGGACCUCCACGCCUUCGAACUGCCGCUUCUCGUCCAGGAAUACUACAACCACGACGCCGUCGUCUUCAAGAUCUUUGCCGUGCGCGACGAGGUCUACAUCGUGCGUCGUCCCUCGCUCCGCAACAUGGGCGACGAUGAAACGACCUGCAUCACGUUCAACAGCCAGGAGCCCCUGCCCAGCACCCUCUUCGACAAGAGCUUCGACGUGCAGGACCGUGCACGCUUGGCCGACCCGCCGCUGGACACGGUGAAGCACGUCGCGGGAGCCCUGAGCGCCACCCUGGGCCUGUCCCUGCUGGGAUUCGACAUGGUCACCAACACCAAGACGGGGCAGCACGCCGUCAUCGACGUCAACUACUUCCCGGGCUACUCUGGGACGCCCAACUUCCCCGAACUCUUUGUCAACUUCCUCCUGCAGCGCCUCAAUGAGGCCUAA